UCAAAAAUGAUAAUAACAAAUCAAAUGCCAAAGCUGUAUAUAUUUGUUGUAUUCAAAAAGUUGGAGGUUUAGCUAUUGCACAAAUAACAUCUGGAUGUUUUAUUUUCAACAAAGCAAAACUUUGUUGCAAUCAUCUUGCAAGCUAUAAAAACUUUAAAACAGCUUAUAGUAAUGAAGAGGUUGCUGAAAUUUUAUCUCGCGCUGUUCCUGAAGACAUAAAAAGGAAUAAAAAUCAUUAUGAUAUAUCAGUAUCAUCUGCAGCAUCAUCUGUAGCAUCAUCCACUUCUUCACUUUCUAAGCAAAAUUCUAUUACAAAUUAUAGUGCUCGUUCUAU